ACGGCAUAAAGUUGAAAAUGUAAAGCGAAUGAGUUCUCACCCACUGUUACCACUAUAUCUUACUGGUGGACAAGAUGGUUCCGUUCAAAUAUGGGAAUGGGGACACCAGCAAGCAGUAUGCUCUCCGCGGCCUUCGGGCACUUUUGCAAAAGUAACGCGUUGCAGAUUUUCUGAGCAAGGAAACAAAUUCGGAAUAGGCGACGGAGAUGGAAAUCUGAGUUUAUGGCAAGCUGGCAUAGCAUCGCAAAACAACAGGCCAUUUUUCACAUACCAGUGCCACAAUAAAUUACUUUCUGACUUUGUAUUUUUGGGUUCGUGCAGUUUGUUGGCAACAGGUAAGAGGUUUAUAAACUUCGUAAUUAAUUUAAUUAAUUGCAAUUAAGAGGGAACACAUAAA